UUAUUCAUAAUGAAAACGAAGAUAAUUAUAUAUAUUUGCAUUUGGGCAACCGCAUGGGCCAUUCCGGUUCCUCAGUUAGUGCCGCUGGAGAGAGACAUUGUUGAAAAAUCUGCCGACGUACCCUUUCUAGCACAUCCAGGAACCGCAGCACAGAAUGAGUUGCAUAUCAACAAGGCCACUAACGACAGCGACAGCGACGAUUCCCCAAAGGGCAGUGAGCUAGGAAGGCAGGUACACUCUAAUGGGGGUUACGAAAGAGACAGGAAUGGCUCCGAGUCGAUAGCCGUAGGAGGGAAGAGUUCUCCUACUCAGCCCAUUUUAGCAAACGCACAGGGGAACAGUGCUAAAGAACGCGAAGACGUAGAAACAUACGGUCACGAUGGGAUACACGCAGGAGAGAACAGCACAGCAAACGGCAUCAGGGGCCAAUUAGGCAUCGCUGAAAAUGCCGAGGAAGCAAAGGAGAGUAAGGUACACGAGCAGCCUCAUCAGGAUACAAAAACUGGCCUUGCCAGUGACACGAGCCAGAAUGGAGACGCCACCCUUGUCCAGGAAAAUGAGCCUCAGGUAGCCGGAAGCAAGAAUAGCACAAACCAUGAGGUUGGAACACACGGGAGUGGAGUUGCUGCACAGGAAACGACGCCGCAGAGAGAAGGGGAGGGGAGUGAGAACCAGGGGGCUGAGGUGACACCAAGCAUUGGGGAAGGUGCUGGUUUGGAUAAUACUGAAGGGAGUCCUAGCGGGAACGGGAUAGAGGAGGAUGAAGACACGGGUUCUGGUGAUGGUGUGGGUGCAGACGCAGGAGAUGGAAGGGAGAGUCACGAUGGCACGGAGGGCCACGAGGGCCAGUCUAGUGGGGGAAACAAUGACAACAGAGGUCAGGGUUCAGUUAGUACUGAAGACGAUGACUCUAAAGAACAAGAAGGCUCCCCAAAUGGACGUGGUGGGGACAACACCUCCAGCAGUGAGGAAACCGGUAUUGAAGAAGGCGAUGGUACCCAAACAACACAGGACAACCAGAAUCUCAGUCCCACAGAGGGUGGGAUUAUCAGCCAGGCAGAAGCAUGUCCUUCUGGGCAGAGCCAAAAUCAGGGAUUAGAAACCGAAGGUUCCAGCACGGGCAACAAAAGUAGUAUUACCAAAGAAUCUGGGAAGCUCAGUGGAAGUAAAGACAGCAACGGACACCAUGGAAUGGAGCUGGACAAAAGGAAUAGCCCAAAGCAAGGGGCUGCCGAGAAGUCAGACACCCAUAAUAACAUGGGACACAGCAGGAUAGGCAGCAGCAGCAAUAGUGACGGGCAUGACAGUUAUGAUUUUGACGAUGAGUCCAUGCAAGGAGACGAUCCCAACAGCAGUGACGAGUCUAACGGAAGUGACGGAAGUGAUGAUGCUAACUCCGAAAGCGCCAAUGAGAAUGGCAACCAUGGAGAUGCUUCUUACACCUCUGAUGAAUCAAGCGAUAAUGGCGGCGACAGUGACUCAUAUGCUGGAGAGGAUGACAGCAGUGAUGACACAUCUGAUACCGAUGACAGUGACAGUAACGGUGAUGAUGACAGUGAGAGUGAGGACAAGGACGAAUCAGACAACAGUAACCACGACAAUGACAGUGACAGUGAGAGCAAAUCAGACAGCAGCGACAGUGACAGUGACAGCAGUGACAGCAGUGACAGCAGUGACAGCAGUGACAGCAGUGACAGUAGCGACAGCAGCGAAAGCAGUGACAGUAGCGACAGUAGCGACAGCAGCGACAGCAGUGACAGCAGUGACAGCAGUGACAGCAGUGACAGUAGCGACAGCAGCGACAGUGACAGCAAUGACAGCAGUGACAGUAGUGACAGCAGUGACAGCAGUGACAGUAGUGACAGCAGUGAAAGCAGUGACAGUAGCGACAGCAGUGACAGCAGUGACAGCAGCGAAAGUAGCGAAAGCAGUGAAAGCAGUGACAGUAGUGACAGCAGUGACAGUAGCGACAGCAGUGACAGUAGUGAGAGCAGCGAAAGCAGUGACAGCAGUGACAGUAGCGACAGCAGCGACAGUGACAGCAGUGACAGCAGUGACAGUAGUGACAGCAGUGACAGCAGUGAUAGCAGCGACAGUAGUGAUAGCAGUGACAGCAGUGACAGCAGUGACAGCAGCGACAGUGACAGCAGCGACAGUGACAGCAGUGACAGUAGUGACAGCAGUGACAGUAGUGACAGCAGUGACAGCAGCGACAGUAGUGACAGUAGUGACAGCAGCAACAGUGACAGUAGCGACAGCAGUGACAGUAGCGACAGCAGUGACAGUAGUGACAGCAGUGACAGCAGUGACAGCAGUGACAGUAGCGACAGCAGUGACAGUAGUGACAGCAGUGACAGCAGCGACAGCAGUGAUAGCAGUGACAGCAGUGACAGCAGUGACAGCAGUGACAGUAGUGACAGCAGUGACAGCAGUGACAGCAGUGAUAGCAGUGACAGCAGUGACAGUAGCGACAGCAGCGAUAGCAACAGCAGUGACAGCAGUGACAGCAGUGACAGUAGUGACAGCAGCGACAGCAGUGACAGUAGUGACAGUAGUGACAGCAGUGACAGUAGUGACAGCAGUGACAGCAGCAACAGCAGUGACAGCAGUGACAGCAGCGAUGGUGACAGCAGUGACGGUGACAGCAGCGAUAGUGACAGCAGUGAUAGUGACAGUAGUAACAGCAGUGAUAGUGACAGCAGUGACAGUAGUGACAGCAGCAGCAGUGACAGCAGCGAUAGUGAUAGUGACAGCAAGGACAGCACUUCUGACAGCAGUGAUGACGACAGCAAGUCUGGUAAUGGCAACAGUGACAGCGACAGUGACAGCGAAGGCAGUGACAGUAACCACUCAACCAGUGAUGAUUAGAGCAGAGAACCCCUUGAGAUCCUCUGUGUGACCUCUGGUGAGUGAUAGGAAGGCAGUGAAGGUUCCUAACUCAAUGACAAGAGGAGAGACGAAAAGAUUGUGUGAAACCCACGGAGCUCCCAGGGAAUGGAGCCGAGCUCCAGCUCCCUCAGAGAGAAUCUGGGUGCUCCACCUUUGGUACACAUGUGUUAGAAUAUAUUCAUGUUCAGAAGAUACUUUUAAAAAGGAUAAAUCUAAACAUAAUACUUAAACAGGAACUGAAGUAAUCACUUACCCUGACACAUAGCUUCGAUUUGAAUGGCGGGUGCUUUAGAGAGCAGAGCAGGCAACAUCACAACCUUCUGCAGCCUCCUCCCUCAGUGCUCCAGGCCCCAGAGAGCUAGUCUUCAUGUUGUGCAGUGAGCAACGCUGUUCUGUGACACUCUACUCAUCUACUCUGUCAUUUACUAAUUCUGGGGAAAAAUACAUUUAAGACAUGAGCAAAACACUGCAGCAACUACUGGUGCUGGGAUAAUCUUUGUGAUGAUAAAAUAGCUAUAAUUUAUGAAAAUUCUGAAGAAUGAAUGAGAAAAGAGCUCGAGGAUGGCCCGGACGAGAUCUGACACAUGCUGUUAAGUUUCUGUAUAGGAUGGAAAUGUACUAAGCCCCCAACCCCUGCAUUUUGAAGUGUCUCGCUUCCAGCAACGGCUCUCGAAUCUUAAAUAAAUGAGCAACACGGAUGGAUGAUUUCGGGAGUUUGGGAUCAUAUUCUGAGCUCUCCACAUACCACUGUGUUAUUAGUUUUCUUCAAAUCAGUUUCACAGGUCAAAUAGGCUCACAGUUUAAUCAAGAAUUGUAAGGCUGUGCAGGAGAAGAGAGGGACCCUCUUUGGGCUCUAGGGCUCUUCUGAAAGCAAGAGAGGCGGUGAGAACAAACCACACCAAGACAGGAGGUGUGAACUGAGAUUGUCGCAAGAAAACCUUAACCCCCAAGCCUUAAGAAUAUUUUUGAAGAUUUAAGGUUUUCCCUUUGUCAUUUCCCUAUUUUCUCACGUCGGCGGUUAUGCCAGAUUUGGGUUAAAACGAAACCAUCAACGACAUUAUAACGAUAGUUGUCUCUCUUCUCACUUCAGGCUUAUUUUACUCAGAGUUUCAGAAGAGAUUCCUUUCCCCUGGGUGCUCACCUCCCAUUCUGAGGGUUUCUGAGUUAAGGAAUAUUGCUGAGGCUUUCACACGCUGCUACCUGUAAACGCAUCUGUAACCCCCGACACUGUAAAGCGCCAGGUUUCUGCACUGCCACAGGUGCGACCUGACCCCAGACCACUCACCAGAAAGCGAUGGUUCAGGCUCUGCCUUCUCUUAGGUGGCAAACUCUCCUUCGUUUGCUUCAACUUGUGAAGCACCUGCCUGUAGCAACCCCCCCCCCCAUCACACCCACUCAUCAAAGUUGUGAUCACCAAACCCUGGGUGGAAAACUCAUUGUAAACUGUAUGUGAAAUCUAAAGGAAGAGAUAAUGAACUUCAGUAUUAUAAUAAACAUCUAUUUAUACAA